CCUUUCACUCUCUUUCUCUCUCAAGGAGCGUCGCCACACACCAAAUCUCUCUAGAACAGCCUGAAAGAGAGACACCUGAGAUGGCGACCCAUAUCGGAAUGAUGGACGCUGCGUACUUCGUCGGCCGAUCGGAAAUCUUAUCAUGGAUCAACUCUACUCUCCAACUCAGUCUCUCCAAAGUUGAAGAGGCGUGUUCAGGGGCAGUUCAAUGUCAGCUGAUGGACGCGGCACAUCCUGGAAUGGUGCCGAUGCAUAAGGUCAAUUUCGACGCUAAGACUGAGUAUGAUAUGAUCCAGAAUUAUAAGGUUCUUCAGGAUGUUUUCAACAAGCUCAAAAUCGACAAGCAUAUUGAGGUGAGCAAGCUAGUGAAAGGAAGACCAUUAGAUAAUCUUGAAUUCAUGCAAUGGAUGAAGAGAUAUUGCGAUUCUGUUAGCGGGGCUGGUCAUCACAAUUACAAUGCUAUGGAAAGAAGAGAGGCUUGCAGAGGUGGGAAAGAUGUGGGCAAAAAAUCUGCACCAACACAAUCUACGAGGGGAUCCACCGCAGCAACUAAAGCUCACACUUCCCGAAGAGGUGAUGCCCCUCCUGCUCACUCAACAGGCCCACCAGUCAGGACUGCUAAGCCUUCAUCAACAACAAAUGUGGCUGUAUACGAUCAACAGAUCACUGAGCUUAAGCUAACUAUGGACAGUCUUGAGAAAGAAAGAGAUUUUUACUUUGCAAAGUUGAGGGAUAUCGAACUCCUGUGCCAGUCUCCCAGUAUCUCAAACUUGACUGUAAUCGAUGCCAUAAAAAGGAUUUUGUAUGCUGCCGAAGAGGAUCCAUCAAUACUGGAAGAAGCUCAAGGCAUGCUUAUUAACCAAGAGAAACAAGAAGUGCCUUCAAAUCCAGUAUCUGAGGAUGUAGAAGAAUACAAGUCUCAAAAGAGGAAAAGUUUCAUUAAUUUUGAUGUUGAUGUUGCGGCAAGUGCUACAUUGUCUCCGCGGCAACGGCUCUCUGAUGCUUCUGAUGUACACUGCAGCGGGUCACCUCUUAUGACAAACUGAUGGUGACCAGAUCCUUUAUGAUUUCCACCUAGUUUACCAUAACUCUUUUUAUAAUAAUCCGAACUAUCUUCCAGUUUUUUUUAUUAGUUUCUUACAUCUCAUGUUAAGUGGCAACCUUUGCCUUUCAUUAUGUAAAAUUGAAGGGGAUUUCUUUUCUGCUGUUUAAUAUACAAUGUUUGCAGCC